UUGGGAUCUGCCUGAUCGGAAGCGGAAGCAAAAGGAAACGCAAACAGAAGGGGCAGAAAGAGUAAACAAAGCGAAGGGAGUUGGGACGAUGGCGAUAGCCGAGGGAGUGCUGAAGAAAAUGGUGUCGAAAUAUAAAUACAGGGAUCUCACCGUGCGAGAAAUCCUAAAUGUUACCUCCACCUAUAAAGACCUCAAGCCCGUGAAUGAUUCAUACGUAUUCAACAAUGGUAAUUCACAGGAGCUAAUGAGUCUCACCGGGACGAUCCCAGUUAGCUACAGAGGCAAUAUGUACAAUAUCCCCGUCUGUCUCUGGUUGCUGGACUCCUACCCUUACAACCCACCAAUCUGCUUUGUAAAACCCACCAGCACCAUGAUGAUCAAAACAGGAAAACAUGUUGAUGCCAAUGGGAAAAUCUACCUCCCUUAUCUGCACGAGUGGAAACAUCCACAUUCUGAUCUAUAUGGGCUGAUCCAGGUGAUGAUCGUCAUGUUUGGGGAGGAGCCUCCAGUCUUUUCGAGGCCAGCUGCACCUCCAACUUACCCUCAGUACCAAGCCGCAGGGCCACCAAACACUUCCUACAUGCCUGGAAUGACAGCUGGAGUAGCACCAUACCCGUCGGGCCAUAGCAACACUGGUGGAUUUCCAGGAUUUCCCUAUCCUCCUCAAGGUUCAUAUCCUCCGACCACAGGGACUACGCAACAGCAUCCGUAUUCCAGCCAAUCUUCUGCUGCAGGUGUUGGUCCUGGCAGAGACAACACCAUUGGUGAGGACACAAUCCGCGCUUCGUUGAUCUCUGCGGUUAGCGAUAAACUGCGCUGGCGGAUGAAAGAAGAAAUGGACCGUGCUCAAGCUGAACUUGAUGCCCUCAAACGAACAGAGGAGGACCUGAAGAAAGGGCACCAGAAACUAGAAAUGAUGGUCAGUCAGCUGGAUCAAGAAAUGUCUGAUGUAGACAAGAAUAUUGAAGCUCUGAAGAAGAAAGAUGAAGAGCUGAGUGUUGCACUGGAGAAAAUGGAGAACCAGUCUGAAAAUAAUGACAUUGAUGAAGUUGUUGUGCCAACAGCACCACUGUACAAACAAAUCCUAAAUCUUUAUGCAGAGGAGAAUGCCAUUGAGGACACCAUUUUCUACCUGGGUGAAGCUCUGAGACGAGAUGUCAUUGAUUUGGAAGUCUUCUUAAAGCAUGUACGCCUCCUAUCUCGCAAACAGUUCCAGCUUCGAGCAUUGAUGCAGAAAGCAAGAAAAACAGCAGGCCUUAGUGACUUGUACUGAAUAAUUGUCUGAUUUUCAGAGAACGGUCUCUUUUUUUUGCCUGCAAUUAACCAACUUCAAAAGAUAAGUUAUUAGAUGUUCUAGCUGUAAAUUAUGUUGACUGAUUGUUUUCUUUGAAACAUCUUUGUGACAGCACUUUGUAUUUACCUGUAACCUGAAGUAGACAUUAGAAUAAAGAUUCUAU